AUGGACACAACUCCUGCACUGUCAACGAUCAUGGCCCGGACAGUAAUCGUGGGGACAGCCUUUGCCUCCGCUACCUAUGUGAUCGCAGAACCGACCAUCACCCAUGUCCCUACGCCCAACUUUGCUAAUUACACGAGAUAUCGGAUUGAGCGUGAAAAGAUUCAAGUCCUCAACCAGGAGACCAUCAACAAGUCCUUCCCUAUCCGUGUCUACCCUUCCCAACAACGGAUUUUCCUCGACAAGGACGAUCAACCAAUCGCUACGACAACACUCCUUGACCACGGGUCUUUUACUUCCAAAUCAAGCCUGGGCCAAUCAGCCAACAAACCAACCGCCACCAGUAGGCAGGAGAGUUUCCAGCAGCGCCUGCAGCAGGAUAUUAACAACGAAGAUGAAAAGUUCAUGAUACAGUUUCCGCCACAACAUUCAUUCAUGGGACUCGGACUCGUGGGUCGGCUUUGGAGCCGAGAUUCUUCUCGCUGCAACUCAACUUGUAACUCGCCCCACCUUAUUCAGGCUUCUCAGAUGCCAACAUCCACGACAGCCAUGAUGCAAAAGACCCCAGUGCUGCUAUCCACGUCAUUCGCUAUACCCAUCAUCCCUGAGCAAGCCUCUAGUGAGACCUUGCCAGAACCAACGGUCCCCUCGAUCUCGGAAGAUAUAUGCUCGAUCUGCCUUGGCGAAUACGUUCCAGACGAUCAGCUUCGUGUGCUCCCUUGUAGCCAUGAAUACCAUGCCGAAUGUAUCGGUAAGAACACUAUACAUUACUUCCAAGGCGUUUUUACGUUGCGGACCAUACUGCCUGAAUAG